ACACCACUGCACAAAAUGCUUUUCCUCCCAGCUGCUGCUCUGUGCUGUCUGUGUUCAGCGCUGGUUGCCAUGGCAGCAGAGCAGCUGAUUCAGGAUGAUUUAACAUUGACCAGGAGAGUUGGUGAAAACGUCUCCUUCACCUGUCGCACUGACCUGUGUGACUACAAUGCUGUACUCUGGUUCCAGAAGAGAGACACAGAAACAUUCACACUGAUUCUGUAUAUUAAUAGGAAUAGUGGUUACAUACUGAAGGACAGUUACAAUCAUCCUCAGAAAGAUGAUUUCUCAGCUGUGUAUGAACAGAACGUCUGUGAGUUGCAGAUCCAGACAGUUAAACUCAGUCAUUCAGCCACCUACUACUGCUUGUGUGGUAAAUAUGCUCCCCACAGUGAAGGGUACGGGAUCUUUGGCUCAGGAACUAAACUGUUUGUAACAGAUGAGCAGGUAGUGAAGCCCGUGGUGAGCGUGUACCCAGCAGCAUCCAGAGCCCACCUGGAGGGGAAGAGCUCCCUGCUGUGUCUGGCCUCAGCCAUGUUUCCUCCUCUGGUCCGCUUCUCCUGGAAAAGACAAGAGGAGAAUGGACCUCUGCUCCCUGCUGAGGGAGAGCAGCUGGAGCUCAGAGAGUCGGGACGCACCGCCGCCAUCUUGCUGAUCCGUCAAAAAGAGAUCGGUACAUAUAAAUACCGCUGCUCCGUCCAGCACCAGGGGGGCACAGUGGAGGCCCAAACACAACAAGAGGUUUCUACUCUUCUACCAGAUGUUGUUUCUGUCCAGUCUCAGUGCAGGGUGAAGCUGCUCUGUGUGCUGUACACAGUGCUGAUAGUGAAGAGUCUGGUGUACUGCUGUGGACUCUCUCUGCUGAUGAUCCUCAGAAACAAGGGACCGUCCACCAACUGCACACAUGCUGACUGACUGUUUUCUGCUCGCCUUUUCUCACCAUCAAAUCUCAUCAAUUCAUCUCAUUUAUCACUUUGAUCAGUCUUCACAAAUAUCACUUAUGACGUCUUGUGCUUGGUUGUAAAUU